AUGCCCGCCCUCUCAAUUAAUUAUGAAUUAUUAAUCAUCAUGAGAAGGUCAAAGUCAUCUGACAACUCGCAUGAAGAUAUGAUCGAUCAUCAUUAUCACCAUCAUUAUAAUACUACUACUUCUUCUUCUUCCUUUUCUUUAUUUUUAUUUUUAUUUUUAUUAUUAAUUUUUUCAACUAUGAGAGGUCAGAAAUGCAAGACCUCAGACGUUAGACCUCAUUAA